AUGUCAGGCAGUAUCAUUCGUGACAAGCCGACAUUACUUGGAGCUGAACGUCAGAAUAGUGUGACUAACAAUAAUUCACCAUUGAAAUUAUUUACUCAUGCUAAAACAACUAUAACGGAGAUAUUUAAAAACAUCGCAUUGUAUGUCAAUGACUCAAAUAAAUUUUUAGAUGAUGUGAAGAAAUCUGACAAGAAUCUAAUAACUCCUGAAAAAUAUGUAGAAAUUCAAGAAUUGAAAGAAAAAGUUAAUCGAAUUUUAACAAUCAUAUCACGCGAUCAUAUGAAAGUUGUCUUCUUUGGAAGGACAAGUAACGGAAAGAGUACAACUAUGAACGCUAUGUUACGUGAGAGAAUACUACCAGUCGGUAUGGGACAUACAACAAAUUGUUUUCUUCAAAUUGAAGGAACUGAUAAAGCUGAACCGUAUGUUCUUACACCCGGAUCAGAUGAACCGAAAAGUAUUAGCAGCUUGGGUACUGUAGGUAAUGCUCUUUCAAGAGAAAAGCUUGAUUCAGAUUCUCUCGUAAAAAUUUUAUGGCCAAAAGAAAAAUGUCGUCUCAUUCGAGAUGAUGUUAUUCUUGUUGAUAGUCCGGGUAUUGAUGUAUCAGCAAAUCUUGAUCAAUGGAUUGAAAAUCAUUGCUUAGAUGCUGAUGUAUUUGUACUUGUUAUAUCAGCUGAAGCAACAAUAACAGUUUCUGAAAAAAAAUUUUUACAUAACGUAGCGCAACGUUUAUCAAAUCCAAAUAUUUUUAUCUUAAUGAAUCGUUGGGAUGCCACUGCAAAUGAACCAGAAAUGGUCGAAUCGGUAAGACAACAACAUCUUGAUCGUGGUUUAGAAUUUUUAUGCGAUGAAUUACAUCUAUGUGAUCGAAAAGAAGCAUCCGAACAUCGAAUGUUUUUUAUUUCAGCACGCGAAGCUUUAUUAAAACGAAAUAAAGACCCAACUAGUUCACCUAGAACUGGUUUUGCUGAAGGACAUGAAGAACGUCUUAUUGAAUUUAAUAAUUUUGAACAUGAAUUUGAAAAAUGUAUCUCAAAAACAGCUGUUCAAACUAAAUUUGAACAACAUACUAAUCGAGGCAAAGGUAUAACAACAACAUUACGUGAAACAACAGCUAAUAUAGCAAAUAGAUCUCAAACAUUAAAACAAGAAUCAGUUCAAAAAUUAACACAAAUGGAUGAAAAACAUAAUUUACUUGAACGUGAAUUACGUUCAAUGACAGAAUCAGCUAAAGAUAAAAUUCGACAUAUAUCAGAAGAUGUUUAUAAAAGAGUUGCACAAACAUUAAAUGAUGAAAUUAGACGUCUUUAUACAUUAAUCGAAGAAUUUGAUCGUCCUUUUUCAUCUGAUUCUGAACAAAUUCCACUUUAUAAACGAGAUUUACAUCGAUGGGUUGAAGAACGACUUGGUACUAAUUUACAAACUCGUCUUCAUGCAGCAUUACAUUCAUCAUUGGAUAGUGUUCAUCGUGAAAUAAAAGAACGUGUUAAAUCAGUUCUUGAAAAUAAAGAACGUAUAAAUAAUGUUGAUUCCAUAGUACCACGUUCGGAUUUUGCUGUUUCAUAUCGUUUGGAUUGUUCAAAUUUAUGUUCAGAUUUUCGUGAAGAUAUACAAUUUAAAUUCUCAUUAGGUUUUACUAGUUUAUGGCAACGUUUUGUUCAAAAUCAGAAAGAAUCUAUAACCAGUUCAAAACUUAAUCAUGAAAUAUCAACACCAUCGGCAUCAUCAUUAAUUAGUUCAACAAAUGAUUUAUUAACAACAGCAAAUAAUAUAUCGGCAUUAACAACAAAAUCUGGUAUGAUCGCAUUAGGUGGAUGUGCAUUAGUAUGGCGUAGUGUUGGUUGGAAAGUAUUAGGUGUUGUUGCAGGUAUUUAUGGUACUUUAUAUUUAUAUGAAAGAGUAAUGUGGACAAAAAAAGCACAAGAACGUGCAUUUAAACGUCAAUAUGCUGAUUAUGCAUCAUCAAAAAUGAAAUUAAUCGUUGAUAUGACAUCCGGUAAUGCAAGUGCACAAGUUCAACAAGAAUUAUCAAUGUAUUUUGCUCAAACAAUACGUUAUGUUGAUAUGGAAAAAGAUGAUUUAACUGAUAGUAUGAAACAAAUAAAAAUUGAAAUUGAUCAAUUAUUAAAAUAUAUCGAUAAAGGAAAAAAAUUAAAAAAACAAGGAGAUCAAAUUGAGAAUGAAUUGAGUGAAUUUUCAAAUCAAUAUUUAUCUUCAGAAUCAACAACAGCAACAAAUGAAUAA